ACUCCUGGUGUACAUAGUCGAUCAAAUAAAGCAGAAAGAAAGAAAAAGAAAAAGCUAUUUUGAUACUUCGACUUCCUGCGUAAGUGAAGCAAGACUACACAGUUGAGAAGCAAUAUGUCUGCCUCUCCAUCCGCUUUGCAAUCCACCAAGCGUCCCUUGGAGGACCCUUCCUCGCCAUCAGGUCCCAAUGAUCAACCGGAGGCCAAGCGUCCUGCUUUGGACAAAGUAGUAAAGGGCGAUGAGUCCGAGGCGUAUGCGGAAGUGAAGACCGAGUCCUCAGGCGUGCCCAGUGCCAAUGCCGAUGGCCAAGGCGACACGGUUGUGCCUGAUGCUCCUAAUGCGAAGGGCACUCACCCUGAGACCCAGCCUAUCCAGUCCACUGCGUCCCAUGCCGAAACUGGCGCUCAAUCAGAACAGCAGCGCCCCCAAGACGAGUCAAGCUGGAUCCAUAUUCGGGCUGUAAUUUCUAGCCAGGAGGCUGCUACCGUUAUUGGUAAAGGUGGGGAGAAUGUAUCACAGAUCCGUCGUCUCUCCGGCGCCAAGUGCACUGUUAGCGAUUACUCUCGUGGAGCAGUGGAACGUAUCUUGACUGUCAGUGGUCCACAGGACGCUGUUGCUAAGGCUUUUGGUUUGAUCAUUCGUACCCUAAACAAUGAACCCCUUGAUGCGCCUUCCACUGCCCAAUCCAAGACAUACCCCUUGCGUUUGUUGAUCCCCCAUAUCCUUAUUGGCUCCAUCAUUGGCAAGGGCGGUGGUCGUAUUCGCGAGAUCCAAGAGGCCUCUGGCGCUCGUCUCAACGCUUCAGAUGCUUGCCUUCCCCUGUCCACUGAGCGGUCCCUUGUAAUUCUGGGUGUUGCGGAUGCGGUUCACAUUGCCACCUACUAUGUUGCUGUGACAUUGGUUGAGCAGCUCACGGAACGAUUUGGCGGGCCAGCGGCUUCUGCUUAUGCCACUCGCAGUGGUGGGCCUGCUGGAGCUGUGCCCGGUGGUAUGCAGGUUGUCCCUUAUGUCCCUCAGCCCGCUGGCGGUCAAUAUGGUCACCCUGAUACCUUCAAGCGCCACCACCCUCACCCCAACCGGGCUGCUGCUGGUGCUUAUGGCGUUCCUUAUCUUCAUGGACAGCCCGCUCCCGCCCCUGUAGCUCAGCCUGCCAUGCACUAUGGUGGUGCACCUCAGCCGUAUGCUGGCGCAGGCCCUCACCAGCCUGCCCCUUACGGUGCUCCCCAGGCUGCUCCCGCACGCGGUGGUCCGACCCCAGUCGCCCCUGUUGGCGGAGCUAUGCCCGGUCAACCACUGACUCAGCAGAUCUAUAUCCCCAACGACAUGGUUGGUGCCAUCAUUGGCAAGGGUGGUGCUAAGAUCAACGAGAUCCGUCACCUUAGUGGCAGUGUGAUCAAGAUCAAUGAGCCACAGGAGAACAGCAAUGAGCGUCUGGUGACUAUCACAGGUACUCAAGAGUGUAACCAGAUGGCUCUGUAUAUGCUUUACUCCCGACUUGAAAGUGAAAAGCACCGUAUCUAAGCGGGGGAAUGAGUCUACGAGCUUGCUUAAUCUAUUUUCUUUCUUCCAGGAGCAUGUGGGGAUUUCCUUUUUUUUUCUUUCCUUUUUGCGUUGCUCAAAAGUCGUCUGUUUAUGGUGACUUUAAUGAUUCGUUU